AUGGCAGAUCAGGAGAUCCUUGUGGAUCCGAAUGUGCACCGGGCGGAGGAUGAUGCAUACCCCGAGGAUUGGCAAUCCGAGACGACUUCAAUAGGUUCCUCCAUCUAUAGAGGUCUUAUGGAAAAUGGCCGUCGAUACCAAAAUUUGCGGAGUCAAGAAUACCCAGUUCCUGCCGAUGAACAACAAUUCGAAACUUAUGAAGCUGCACAUCUUCUCGCCAUGAUCAUGGAAGCAGAUAGGGACAACCCGCUCUUCCGGGCGCCCCUAGAAGAUCCGAAGCAUGUCCUAGAUCUGGGAACUGGAAAAGGCAAUUGGGCCAUUGACGUGGCCGACAUGUUUCCGGAUGCGACUGUCCGCGGCGUUGAUCUCUUCCCACCUCCCAUCACAUGGAUGCCGCCAAACUGUGUGUUGGAAGUUGACGACGCUAUACAACCAUGGACCUGGAAAGACCCCUUCGACCUUAUUCACAUGCGUGUCAUGACAGCUUCCUGGACCGACGAGGAGUGGGAUAAAAUCUAUAAACAAUGCUACGACCACUUGGAACCAGGCGGCUGGAUCGAACAGCUCGAGGCCCAACCCCCCCUUGAAUGCGACGACGGCAGUGUAUCAAAAGACAACAUCCUAAACACCUGGGGCCCAUACAUUAUGGAAUGUGCGAAGAAGACUGGCCGAGAACUGAAUGCCAUGCACAUCAUGACGGACAAAAUUCGCAAAGCGGGAUUCGUGGAUGUUCACGAGAAGAAAUAUAAGUGGCCGGUUGGACCUUGGCCAAAGGAUAAGCAGCUCAAGGAAGCUGGUAUGGUCAAUUACCAGCAUUGGAUGACUGGUUGUGAGGGUUGGGCUAUGUAUCUGCUAACGAAAUUCGGCGAUCCUGAGCCGUGGAAAAGGGAGGAGGUGCUUGUUUAUCUUUCUCAGCUGCGGAAGCAACUGCAGAAUCCCCGUCACCAUCUUUAUAUGAGAGCGAAACGUGUGUGGGCUCGGAAGCCAUUUCCAGAAGAGGUGGCGAAGAUAAAGCUGGAGGCGGAUGAGGCUGCUAAGGGCAAACAGGCGUCUAAAUAA